AUGAAAGCUACAGAAAUAAGCUAUGUGAAGGGCAUUAUAGGUGCCGUUGUGGAUGAAAGAACUCGAGCUGGAAAAGAAGAAAAAGUGGCCAUGGAGAUGGCUAUCAGUGAUUUCUUCAACCACACCAAUCAGAGAUUGAUUCUCCGAGUAAAAAACUCAAAAGGUCAACCUGUCCAAGCAGCUCUUGCUGCUAAAGAUCUUAUCGAUGCACAGAACAUUGAAAUAAUUUUGGGACCGCGAUCAUGGGAAGAAGCAAAAUUAGUCGCAGAGCUUUGUAGCCAAUCUCAAAUACCCAUUGUCACUUUUGCUGAUUUUUCUCCAUGGGCAAUGAACCUGUGGCCCUUCCUCAUUCAAGCCUCGCCUAGCCAACAUAUGCAAAUGAAAGCAGUGGCCGCCAUUGUUCAAUCUUGGGGAUGGCGUCGGGUCACUGUUAUAUGUGAAGAAGAUGCUGAAUCUGCUUCCAAUGGAUUAAUUGUCCCUCAUCUCUAUGAUGAUCUACGAGAAAUAGGUGCAGAAAUAAGCAAUUUUACAGUUCUCUGGCCAUAUAUUACUUCCACUUCAUUGUCUGAAGAGCUUAAGAGGCUUAAGAAAGAGCAAUGCAGAGUCUUUGUGGUUCAUACGUCCUCCUCCCCCUUGACGAAACUCCUGUUUGAAGAGGCCAAGAAGAUGGAUAUGAUGGGACAGGAUUAUGUAUGGAUCACCACAGACGCCACGACAAGUCUUCUUCAUUCUUUCAAUUCAUCGACACUCUCCUCCAUGCAAGGUGUUCUAGGAGUCAAGACCUAUUUUCCUGAAACGGGUCCACAAUUUCAAGAUUUCUACACAAGAUUUUGUACCAAGUUCAUCUCGGCUUAUCCUGAAGAAGAGAAAAAUGAUCCUGGAAUUUUCGCAGUGCAGGCUUAUGAUGCUACAUGGGCAGUGGCUCUAGCAAUAGAAGAAGGUAGCAUCGAUGGCAAGGAUUUCAUAGAAACAGUUUUGGAGACUGAUUUCAUCGGCUUAAGCGGUAGAGUCAAGUUUGUUGAACAGAAAUUAGCUCCAACACAUGUUUUUCAGAUCAUCAACAUAGUUGGAAAGAGUUAUAGAGAACUUGGGUUCUGGUAUGAUGGAUUAGGUUUCUCAACGACCAUUGAUGGAGAAGCUUUGAGCAAUGAUUCCAUGAAAAUUUUGGGGCAGGUGUAUUGGCCUGGAGGACCUUGGUCUACUCCAAAAGGAUGGACCCUUCCAAAAACCACCAACCCUUUGAGAAUUGGAGUGCCCGAGGGAGACCCAACAAAGCGAUUUGCACAAGUGUAUUACGAUAACACCACAAAUAGCUACUACUUCGGUGGAUUUUCGAUCGCAGUGUUCAAAGCAACCCUUAAACACUUGCCAUAUGAUUUGCCUUAUGAGUUCAUUCCAUUUGAUGGCUCCUAUGAUGCUUUAGUGGAGAAAAUCCAUUUAAAGGAGUUUGACGCAGUAGUUGGUGAUGUGGCCAUAAUAUCCAGCAGAUGUAGUCAUGCAGAAUUCACACAACCCCACACUGAAUCAGGACUGCUGAUGGUAGUCCCCGUGCGAUCUCAAUCAGGCGAUAAAGCUUUGCUGUUCACGAAGCCCUUCACAAGAACCAUGUGGUUUCUUACAGCAUUUGUAACUGUUUACAACGGCUUUGUUAUAUGGAUAAUAGAGCGGCCUCACUCGUGUGAACAUAGAAGCUCAGUACUGAAUCAAACAGGAACCCUCCUUUGGUUGUCUUUCACCACAUUGUUAUCUUUAAAUGGGGAAAAGCUACAUAGCAACUUGUCACGGAUGGCAGUGGUGGCCUGGCUGUUUGUGGCACUAAUCAUCACACAAAGUUACUCGGCAAACCUUACCAGCAUGCUCACUGUCCAACGGCUCCAACCAACAGUAGCAGACAUUGAGACACUCAAGUAUAGCAAUGCCUUGGUGGGGUACGCCAGGGAGUCAUUUGUGGGGAAUUAUUUGGUGGAAGUUUUGCAGUUUAAGAUUGGGAAUUGCAAAAGCUACUCAACAAUAGAAGAAUACGCUCUUGCCCUCAGAAAUGAGGAAAUAGCAGCAGCCUUUCUUGAAGCUCCUGUGGCCAAGCUCUUGCUUGCUAAGUACUGCAAAGAAGAGUGGCCUGCAUAUUGGGCAUUUCCAAGAGGAUCUCCAUUUCUUCCUGACAUCAAUAAAGGAUUACUGGAGGUCUCUGAGAGAGGUGAACUACUAGAGCUGGAGAAGACUAUGAUAGUUUCUGAGAAGUGCGUGGAUGAGGAAUCAGAUCACGAAAAUGUUAGUCUAAGCCCCAGCAGCUUCUGGGUACUCUUCAUUCUCACAGGAAGCAUCUCAACAGCUGCUCUAGCAAUCUACGUGAUUCAACGCAAAAUUGAAUAUUCUAUGUUGCUACUUAAAACCACUUGGGUGUCAAUGUGGAUAGCCAUGCAACAAUUGCAGAAUCAGAAAAGUCGAUUCUGUAAAAGAGUUGGCCCCGCAAACACUGUCCAAAUUGGUUCCAACACAUCAGAUUCAUUGACUCAAGUUUAG